AAAUCAAUACCAUAUCCAUCGAUUUUCACAGCCGCAGCCGCCGCACACCGAACUUGAGGGUCGCAAGCGGUGGUUGCGCGUGUUUUAUCAUUUAAAAUGUGUGAAGCUGAAAAUUGUGCUAUUAUUAUGUUCAUCUAGAUCGCUGGUAUUGCUAUCGAAAUGUUCGUAAUAUUCUAGAUUCGAAGUGUUUUGAGAUGGUGUGAAUCUGAAGCGGCAAAAUGACGUCAACUGAUACGUAUCAGUUAAAAUGGCAUUCGCACAGUUCACAUUUGAACGGUUCUGUGGCGGCGUUGCUUCGCUCGGAGAGAUUUACGGAUGUUGUUUUGUGCACGAUGGACGGAUCGCAAAUACCGGCGCACAAGUUCAUCCUAAGUUCUUGCAGCGUGUACUUCAGCACGUUGUUCGAAGGUCAGCGGUCGGUAACGAGAAUGGGUGGCAUGCUGUAUGUCGUGCUGCCUUCGGAAAUAUCUACGAAGGCACUGAAAAUUCUUGUGGAGUAUAUGUAUAAGGGUGAAACAACAGUAUCCAAUGAGGUUUUAGAUAUUGUACUAAAAGCUGGGGAGGUUUUAAAGAUCAGGGGACUCUGGCGACAGACAGAUGAAGUUGGAGGAGAUUCCACUCCAGCGGAGAAGACCACUACAACUGCAAAUACUGCAAAUAAACCACCUGAAAAAACUAAAGAAGUUCCAAAAAUAACUUUGAAAAAGGAUGACAAGUUACUCAAAGCUUUUAACCCUGUUCAAGGGCAGGGGAAUAGACCAAUGUUUAUUGGCCCACCAAAGCUAGUAUUCAUCAAGACCAGUGACGGCACCACGCAAGCCGCCAUACGUCCAGGUGUACCCAAGGGUCAAACGAUACUGGUUGCCCCUGCACCGUCCGCAGAGACCACUUCCACAAUCACCAUGCCAACGUCCACAGUUACCGUGGCAACGGAGGAGAACAGUGAAGACAGUAUACCGACUAGAGUGUUGAGACGGAACGCCAAUGAAAGAAAGUAUGGGAAGAAACAGAAGACUGACACUGAAGAGGGGAAGGAUGAUGAUGCGGCUUCCACCAGUUCAAAGAAAUCAACCCAUAGCAGUACUGUCGAAGUCCAAGUUAAAGAAGAACCAGACUGGGACGCAAGCAGUAUUGAAGAGGAAGAACGGUCGAUAGCCGAGAUGUUUCAAGCAGAAAUGAGUGUUAAGUCCGAGCCGUGUGAUGAGGUGGACGUCGAGGAGGAGGGGCUGCUAUACAGCCCGCUGUCGUGCGAGCUGUGCGCGGAAGUGUUCACAGUGCCGGCGGCGUGGGUGCGCCACGUGCAGGAGCACGCGGACGGCGGCGGCCAGCACGCGAGGAAACGCAAACGGCGCUCUGCUAGCGACGACACAGAAGAAACAACAGCCCUACUACGUUGCGAUCUCUGCCAGAAGCAUUUCCCGAAUCCCGCGGAAUGGGUUCGACACAUACAGAGCACACAUACUGAGACUGAAUUGGCCAUAUCAAACAACAGUGCAGCACCAAAACGUCACAAUCGUUUCACAGACGGCGAGCAAAACAAGACGUGUGGCCACUGCAACAAGAACUUCCCGUCGCAUGCGUCCAUGCUCAUACAUAUGCGCACGCACACAGGCGAGCGCCCGUUCGUCUGUGGGCUCUGCAACAAAGGGUUCAACGUGAAAUCGAACCUGCUCCGUCACCUGCGCACGCUGCACAACCACGUGGUGAGCCCCGCGCGGCUGCCCGACGAGCCCGGCCCGUCUGAGCUCAAGCGGGAGGCCUGAGCCAGGGGAGGGGGGGCAGGUAGAGGGCGCGGGCGGCCCCGGUCCGCGUACACGCUGGCGAUGGCGGGGGCCAACCGGCGCGCGAACGACAAGAAGGCCGACGCGAGCGCGCUCCGCAAGCAGAGCUACUCGCUGUUCCUCAAGCAGCGCGCCGUGCUCUUCUCCGCCAAGAAGUGGAAGUAGGGCGCGACACGCUACCCGCGGCGCUUGACACGUUCCACGUUUGAAUGUUGACGUUUCGAAUUUUUUUUUUUUCAUGUGCCUGUUUGAAUAUGACGUUUCAGUUUUUUUAUAUGUGUCUAUUUGAAAUUUGACGUUUCAAAUUUUUUUUUCAUGUGCCUGUUUGAAAUUUGACGUUUCAGUUUUUUUUUUUCUUUUUCUUAUGUGCCAGUGCUAGAAGUAGAUUGGAAAUAUUUAACCUUCUUUGUGACUUAAAUUCGAAUUGGAAAUUAGCUUUUUUUUGUUUUGUGCAUGAUGUGAAUUAAUACGUAGAUUUGAAUUUCUUAUUGAAUAAUAUUUGAACAAAUGAUAUGUCAAGAUAAAAUACAUUUACGUACUUAAUAUGUAUAUUGUAUGUAUAGUAUAGUAGGUUCUCCAACCGAAAUAAUUGUUGUUAGACAGUUGUACUUACUAUUCUAUUAAAAUCAUGCCAAGACAGUUUAAUUUAGUAAUUAUUAUAUUUGAAACGAUUGUUUUUUAUAUGUAGGUAAGUAACUACAUGGCCAUACGAAAAAAAUUUAUCUUUAAAAACUUUUUAAACGUGUUUGGAAUUGUGUCAAAAAUAAAAUAAAAGCGUCUAUUUGGGGGUAGCAAAGUGUUGCGUCACUACAUGUCCUGCCCUUCCUCCUUUAAUUUUAUUAUUUUUAUAAGAGUAUAUUUAUUUUUUAUAACUAGUCAUAACUAGAUCUCAUUCUUUUAAUUGAAGAUUUAAUUUUAAGUCAAACAUGUAGUCAGUCGGACAUACAAGCAAGUUUUAGGAUUAAUUAUAAGUAAUAUUUCUCAGUAUCAAAAUAUGUAGCUGAUAUCCAAAGAUAAUUUGAGAUUUUCUAUGGGUUCAUACUAAAUAUUCUUAGAACAGUAAUCACACUUAAAAAUUUAAUAAAUAUGUUAAGAGGAGGCUCCCUAACAAUAGGUUAGACUGCUACGGUGCUAGACGCUAACACAGCCGUAAUAAAGUUGAAUAUCGCGUGCGCUCUUUGAUCGCGUUCGAGCUCGAAACUAAAUCUCGUAAGAAUUGAGAUUCUUAUUUCGCUUUUAACUAAACUAAAAAUUGAUCUAGAGAAAAAAUAUCUUGGGAUUGGUAGUUACCUAUAUUUUCUUACUGUUAACAUUUAUUUUAGACAUAAAGUCCAAGUAAAUUUUUUUAAAAAUUUAUUAAUCCUUAAAAAAGGCAUAAUUUUUGAAUAAAAAAUGAAUCGAGCGAAAAUGUUACAAUUACGUAACUGUCUUGUACAUGGAAAGAAAAAUACCCAAUAAAUCAUAUACUAAAGUUCCAUUUUGAUUGUAUGUGUGACUGUUUCAGAAUAUUAAUGCAAAUUCACAUAAAAUUUAGGGAGCCUCC